GCACUUUGUUCUUCUCUGUAUCCGAGUACAUAUACUUCCAAGACUUUCAUUCUUGACAAUCCUCACAAUGAGCACCACACAAGCCGCCCAAACCCUACUCAAAGCCGCGCGCGUCGACCCGGCCAUCUUUCAGCUCCGGCCCGACUACCGCGCCCUCCUAAUGGUGGUCGAGAACAUCCCCCAGGGCCCCAGCGACCAGACCAGCAAAAGUCUCCUCCAACAAGCCCAAACUCGUGUCAAGGAACUAUUAGCCAACAAGCCCGUGACCGAGCUGCCGCACAUCGCCGCCUGGCGUGAGACCUACAAAGCCUUCGGCGCCAAACCCCAGAAGACCCGGAACAGCCUGGAAGCCCUAACCCGGCGUGUCGAGGCGGGCUUACCACGAGUCAACCGUCUGACGGACAUCUACAACGCCAUCUCGAUCAAGCACCAGCUGCCUUUUGGAGGCGAGGAUCUCGACAAGUACGACGGCGCGCCGUUCUUGAUCCGUGCGACGGGCACGGAGCCAUUUCAGACCUUCUCCGGUGGAGAGCCGCAGACUGAGCUGGCGGCGCCGGGGGAGCCGAUCUGGUGCGACAGCACGGGGAUCACCUGUCGGCGGUGGAAUUGGCGGCAGGGCCCGCGGACGGCAUUGACGGAUGAGACGACCCGAGUGUUGUUUAUUAUUGAUGCUCUGGGAGAGGUGGUCUCGGAUGCAGCGUUGCAAAGGGCAGCCGAUGAGUUGGCGGAGACGUUGAAGGGGCUUUCGCCGGAGGUGCAGGUGGCUUGUCGGGUUAUUAGUGCAUCAUCGAACUGAGCUUGGAGCUGAAGUUUCGUUUGUUUGGGUUUGGAACUGUUUUGAGAAGAAUGAACUGUACAUAAAAGAACGUUCACACAUAAACAUGAAAGAGG